GCACAACCAAGCGCCUUUUGCUACAACCCUUCUUCCCUUAUUGUUUCGUACUUGGCGAUCGCAACACACGCACACCCCCACACACACCACCCCCCACUCCCUGACUUUGCCCCCAACAACACCGCAAGCACGAUGUGCGACUGCCUGUGCGACGGGUCCCCGGUUGAGGACAAGCGUGGCCUCUACAAGUACAAUGCCCGGCAAUGGGAAACGUCCAUGCUGCAUGCGGGCUGCAACCAGCCUCUCGGCUGCCUGGCUGCCAUGUGCUUUCCGUGCUGCUGCGCCAUGUACCUGCGCUACAAGGCUCUGAACGAGGACAUGAGCAAGUAUUCUUGCUGCCAGGGCUUCAUCUGCCCAAGCAUCACCAAGUGCUUUCCUGGUCAGGACGACUGCCCUUGGUGCUGCCUCUGCCUUGAGGUGACGCUGUGCGAGAGCUGUGCCAUCUCCGCCACGCGCAUCUACGUGCAGGUGGAGCGCCAGAUUAUCACGGACCCUUGCGACAACCGCAUCAUCCGCUUCAACAACUUCAUGCAGAUCCUGUCGUGUGUCUGCAACAUCCUCGCCAUCUUCAUUGAUGGUCUGGAUGCACUUGCCGCACUCAUCGACCUGAUUGCCGAUAUCGUCUACUGCCUGACACAAGCGUGCAUGCAAGCACAGACGUUCCAUGAGCUGAAGCUCCACCCGACCGCGACAGACUACGACGGCGUGAGCGGCGGCGCCAUCACACAGCAGCCAAAGAUGCAACAGCAACACCCAGCACAACACCACCACCAGCCAGGCAACUUCAACGCCAUCCAGCAGCCAUACCCUCCACAGCAACAGCAACAGCAGCAGCAGUACUACCCACCAAUGGCGUAUCCACCCCAGCAGCAGCAUCAGCAGCAGCAGGCUUAUCCUCCGCAGGGCUACCCGCCCCAGUACACGCCCUCAGCCGCACCUUACCCACCGCAACAGCACUACCCACCACGCCAGUGA